CUCCCCCGAGCCGGUAUCUUCGUACAAGUUCGGGUAUUCUCGUAUUUGGUGAUAGAGAACCCGGGCCGGAUCGAUAUGGGAGUCGAUAUAUCCCUCAUUGGACGACGAACUAAGAGUCCUGAGACCUGACUGUGGCAGAGACCGAUAAAAGGAUUUCUCCCUUGAUCGCGACUUGAAAGUGAAGAAAAGAGCCCGGUAGAAGCUGGGCCUUGGGAAUAUUUCGAAAAGGAGUGGUCCGAGGGAACUCGGUGUGUGAGAAUCGUCGGUUGGCGUGCGGCCGUUCGAACGAUUUGGCGGUUCCGAAGGAGUGAUACGACGCGACGGUCGGACGCGAGUCACGUGCCGCGCGCAUCGGUACGAUCCUCUUCUCUGGCUCGCGGGAUCCCGAUAUAUCGCGAAAAGGGACGAUUUGGAGAGCGAGGGAAUCCUUCGCCGGGAGUGAGAACGGGCCGGCUCCGCUUUUUGUGGGGGGACUGGCAGUGAUUUGUGCCCGGCGUUGUCUUCGCUCGUCGUGAAUCGACGCGGUCGACGGAAGGGUCGACACGAGUCCUCCGCUCGAGGGGAUGCUCUAAUGGCACCCGAUCUCGAGAAGAGACGUCAGGAACUCAGGAGAGGUAGCAGCGGCACCUUGGAACAUGUCAACGAUCAUCUGAGCAUGCUUCUGCAGCUGAGAUGCGCGGGAGGCACGUUGACAGAUCUCUAUCGUUACGGUAGCAACGCAGGCGGCACGUCGUCAACGGUGACAGCAUCGUCCGUCUCGAGGAGCACCGCAUCCGCAAGUAAUCGCGCUCAUUCUGCGACCAGAAGAGUGGUCGGCCAUCAGCAACGGCAACAACAGCAGCAACAACCGCAACAGCAACCUAGAACAUCCCUGUCUACAUUCAACGGCGUCACCGUGAGGAACUCGGAUGACCACGGGCCCAGAAGCGGCGCAACGCAAGACGUCUGCGACAACUCGAACGACUCCGGCCUCGGUUUCGAGGAGCGUCAACAGCACUUCAGCAACACCAACCCUUGGAACGGAGCCGGCGAGGAGGAUUCAAAGAGGCGGAAGAUGGACAUUAAGCUGGAAUCCGAGGAUGCGAACUUCCCGUUUUCGGAAGUGGGCCACGGUGCUAGUCCUGAGAACAAGUCCACGACGACCAGGACCGCGGUCAACGGGAUCGGCUUGGGUGGCAUAUCCGGCGGUAGGACUGGAAACGGGACCGGUAAUUCCGUGGGCAGAAUCGUAGGAGUUACGAGACCUCGGCCCGCCAUGGGCGUCUUGGCCAAAAGGGCACCGGUCGCUCAUCAGGGACCUAUCACUCUCACCUCGCAACUAUCAAAUACUUCUGCCGACGGCAAGACUCAAUUGCAAAUCAUCUGCCAACCUGAACAACAACACCGCGCCCGCUACCAGACGGAAGGGUCGCGCGGGGCGGUGAAGGACCGCACCGGGAAUGGCUUCCCGAUCGUCCGGCUGGUUGGCUACGACAAGCCGACGAGCUUGCAGGUGUUCAUCGGUACCGAUCUGGGCCGGGUGGCGCCCCAUAUGUUCUACCAGGCGUGCCGGGUCAGCGGGAAGAAUUCGACGCCUUGCAUGGAACGUAAGAUCGACGGGACGAUCGUGAUCGAGGUCGAGAUGGACCCGGCGAAGGAGAUGAUGGUGACCUGCGACUGCGUGGGCAUACUGAAGGAGCGCAACGUCGACGUGGAGCACAGGUUCCCGCAGGAAGCCGGGGUGCUUCAGGGUAGAAGCAAGAAAAAGUCGACGCGGUGCCGCAUGAUCUUCCGCACGACGAUCACGCAUGCCGAUGGUACGACGGAGACCCUGCAAAUCUGCUCGCAGCCGAUAGUCUGCACUCAACCACCGGGGAUCCCGGAGAUCUGCAAGAAAUCUCUGACGUCCUGCCCGUGCACAGGCGGGCUGGAGCUCUUCAUUCUGGGCAAGAACUUCCUCAAGGACACUAGGGUGGUCUUUCAGCUGGAUAACGACGACCUGUCGAGUAGCUUGGAGCCGCACUGGGAAUGCGCUGUGCUGCCGGACAAGGAGUUCCUGCAGCAAACGCACUUGGUGUGCGUAGUGCCGGCCUACCGCAGGCAGGAUCUGGCAUCCACGGAGACGGUCAGCGUCAAGCUGUACGUAAUGUCCUCCGGGAAGACCAGUGAACCGCAUAAUUUCCUCUACACCGCCGCUUCCACCCCGCCGGAGCCGACUAUGGGUAAGGUCGAGUGCCUCUCGCCCCCGCUCACGAACGGUGAAGCCAACCUGACGAACUCCUCCGCCACGGUGCCGCUCACCACGGGUGUAGCAUCGAACACUCUGAUACCGCAAGCAGCUGCAGGCCCGGCGGGUUUCCUGACGAGCCUUCAGACCCCGCCGCAGCAAGCCACUUCGGAGCCCCUGAAGAAUGAUCCCAGCUCACCGCCGGCUGCGGCGACGUCCCAAGUGACACCUGUGAUGAUGUGGGCCGCCUCACAGUCCUCUAACUGCCACCCGAACUCUCCACCCGAAGUCAUGAUGCCACCCCCGUCACUCGUGGCGAACCCUCUAUUGAACCGACGGUCCUCGACGAAUCUGCAGCUGAUCCUGCCGGACAACCUGAAGACCGAGGUGCUGGACGAGAACAGCGAGAACAGCAUGUUGAGCGAAAACAGUAUGCAAAGCAUGCCAACGCCCACGGCUGCCACAAAUGGCCCGACGUCGGUCGCCUCUCCUCUCCAGCAGCUGGUCAACGAGAAUUCCAGGGAAGCCGCGCCUUCGCAAGCUGAUAUCAUCAGGACCGUCGCUGCCGCGGCCAACAACAGUCCCGUGCAAGAAGCAGUGAGUCUUCUCGGAGUGGUGGAUCUGAUACGCAAUCAGCAUCCCUUGUCGAUGGUGUCCGCACACCAUCCGACUCCAUUCGCAGGAAUACACGAGUCGGCUCAGGCUCAAGUUCUUAGUCCCCAUCGUCUCAAAGACACAAACGACGUCUUGCCAACAGAGAACAGUCCCGGCGCGACUGCUCUUCCGGGAGCCGGCGUGGUGGACCUUCGCAUGAAGCAUCACCACCAUCAGCCGGACUUCGGCGCGUUGUCGAGUUUCGCCGGCGCGUCCACGUCGCAGUCCUUGUCCGCGUCGAGCAGUCACGUGGUGGAGAAGUACCUGAAUCACAUGGAAUCGUCGGUGAGCGCGAACGACGAGCCCGCCAGUCCGGAGAACGAGUUUGCCAUUCAGCAGCAGCGAGCUUCCAUCAUCUCAGGAGGCGGCCAGCCGCAGACGACUCCUCCGGGGAUCCUGACCACCGCAGGGCAAACUUCAGUGAAGUUGGACGCCCUGGUGAACCCUGCCGCGGAACAGAUGGUCUCGCCGUUGCGCUCGGUGAACCCCAACCCUACAGCGAUGUUGAGUCACGUGACGUCGGAGCACGAAGCGGCGAUCGGCGGCGGCCAGCAGACCAGGACCAGUCCGCCGAUCCCGGUGAAGACAAUGCUGCUGGAGGCGCUGCAGCCGUUGGCAGCGGGUGCGACGUCGGUGCCGUCGUCCGCGACAACGGUGGAGCAAACGGGAGACAGCUUGCUGACCACCAUUAACGCGGCGCUGUUACCGUCGUUGCCGGAAGCCCAGGUCACCGCAGCAGCCGCCACGUCGGGUUCUACGUCCGUCCCUUUCCAGGUCGCCGGUGACGCGAUACCGGCGGUCACGGCGGAGCAGCACAUGCAGCAGCAGAUCCAGGCGCUCACGCAGCAGGACGUGGUCGUGAUGCAGCAGCAGGUGCAGCAGGUAGAACAAGUAGUGGCGCAGGCGCAGCAACAGGUCGAGCAAGUCGUCGCGCAGGCGCAGCAGCAAGCGGUACAGGCGGUACAGCAGGCGCAGCAACAAGUGGUGCAGCAAGUGGUGCAGCACGCUCAGGUGGUGCAGCAGGCGGUGCAGCAGGUGCAGGCGGUGCAGCAGGUGCAAGCGGUGCCGGCUGUGCAGCAAGCGGUGCAGCAGGCCAGCCAGGAAGUGGUGCAGCAGGCGGUGCAGCAAGCGACGCAAGAAGUCGUGCAACAGGUUCAGGCGGUGCAACAGGCGGUCCAGCAGGCUCAGGCGGCUCAAGCCAUGCAGCAGGCGGUUCAGCAAGACAUCGGCUCCAUGUUGAAUCAGCCGGCCGGCUUUGUAGCUGAGGCGAGCUCCGCGUUGGCCAGCGGCGCCGCCCAGGAGCCGUUUCAGCAGCGUCUGGCCAACGCGGCCGAGCAAGCCAUCAACAACGUCAUCACCAACGCCACGAAAGAUAUCAUCAACAACCGGCCGAUCAGCACCACCACCGCCCACGCGAUCAUCGCCACGAAGAAGAUCCUGAACACCGUAGCGACUCAGAGCGCGCAGCUGAUGAACAGCGCGAUGGAGGGUAUCCUGCCGAAAUCGCCCUCGGCGCAGAGCAAUAUCGUCGAGCAGGUGGCGAACAAGUCGCCGCCGGUUACGCUCCCGGUCACUCCGAAUCGUCAGGCUGUGAACGCUCCGAUUGCCAAUCCCGCGGCGAACAGCGCGGCCGGCAGGAAGCCGGAGGACGGGAUGCUGCCUCAAGAGCUCACCUCCAUGUCGGAUCACGACCUUCUGAGUUACAUCAAUCCCAGUUGCUUCGAUCAGGCUGGAUUCCUCGUGUAGUUGUACUGCCAUGUUCCUCGCGCGCGAGGCGGAGGGANUUUUUUUUUUUUUUUUUUUUUUUUUUUUUUUUUCUGUGAAUUUCUUCCCGAACGACGCGAAAGCCCGAGGUCCCGUCUUCGUAUCUUGAGUUUGGAAUUGACUAUGACUAAGCCUGGUUCCGAGUUCUAUCCGCUCCUGUAAUACAGAAGGGCGACCCUGUUGUGGCCUUAUAAAAAGCUACGUCAAGCUUGGAAUCGUACAGUCGCGUUUAGUUACUUGUGAGAUACGAAGACUGAAGGACACUUGAACAGUCAGUACGCCUUUCGAGUGAAUAGUUUUCUCCGUUUUUUUUUUCUUUUGGUUCCUUUUGGAUCUUCGCAAUACACCUACUGGUCCCGUACUGUUCCGAGUUAAUCUCGACCGCUCGGCUUUCAAGAUCAUCACCGACCCGAUACCGACGAUUCUGUGCCACAUUUGUAACAUGAUGCGAAGUCACUUUUAUAGAAAGAGAAGCGGAAGUACCGUGUUAACUUUGGACUUGGUAAAACAUAUAUGUACACGUGUUGCCAAAAAUAUGUAGAACAUACAUAUAUAUAUAUACGUAUAUAUGUAUGUACAUACAUAUACGUAUAUGUACACAAGUGAAUUUUUAGAUUUAUUUAUAUUUAUAAGAUCUAUGGAUCUUUUGGAUUCAGAAACUUUUUAUUAAUCCUUUAGAUUACGUAUCGAAAGAUCUCUUGAUGGUUUUAGAUUCUGUAAUUAGAACGACAGAUUGCAGGUUCUUUGUUUUUCUUCUCUCUUAGAUCCCAGUGACCUUGAAUUAGUUCGGUCUUUGGAUCUUUUCGCAGAUAUUCCAAAAUACUUGCUCCGUUAGGUCAUUGCAGUUUUGGAUCUCCUAAUUAUAUAUCUCUUUGAUUAGUUUCCGUUGAUUCUACAAUUCGGGAAAUAUAUCAGCGAGCUUUGGGAUCGGCGCGUUAUUAAGAAGAAACUUGCCAGCAAUCCGAAGUUUCCGGAGGUACUUCCGAAUCGCUCUGCGGCCCACGGAGAAAAAGCAAGUAACUAUCGUAAAUCUGCAGCAGCAGCAGCAGCUCGUUAAGAAUCGAAAACUAUUAACGUUUAAGUAUAAGACGGGCGCACGAGAAAGCGCGACAAUUCAGACGUUCUUCUCUUUCACCUCUUCUUUCUUAUACUUGUUCUUCCUUUUCUACGGAUUGUCGAUCGUUCUGACAAUUCAUUAUUUAUCUUCAGCGAUGUCUCUUCGCAAGUAGGUGCCUUUCCGCGUCGCAGUUGCUGUCUUGAAUCCUCUUUGUUUGCAGGAUUUACAGAAAAAAACGUGCGAGUGAUAUCAUGCAAAUGUGAUUUGCCCUUUUACUUGAGUACGCAAUUAAUUAAUUAAUCCUCAAACGUCAAGCUUCAGAAAUGUUCGAGCGUGGAGUCCAAGUUCGGGAAUCACUUAGCGCUGUUCUCUCUUGGAUCUUUUUCUGGGAAGGAAGAAUUUGGCCGAGAAGAAAUCUUCGAAGAGAGAGAGAGAGAGAAAGAGAAGAGAGAAACAGAAGGAUCUGUUAGUGACUGAAGGCGUUGAAAAAGAGUGUGUUUUUGAGAAGCUGAUCAAUCUUUGACUCGAUCCGUCCCUGAUAACGGUUACAAGUUCGCGUUCUGGGGUUAAUUAAUUAACGAUAUAAUAUCAAUAAAAGGAUCUAAGGGGCAAGUGUUGGGGCAGAGGAGAUGAUUCCUGCCGUGUUUCCUGUUUCGUUCGGCGAAUCUUGGAAACUGUUACACAUUUCUUGCUUUUGCAAAGUAACGGAAAGAAAACCGAUGGAAUGGAAGCGUGUGUGUAAUAAUUAUAUGAAUUAUCGAGUAUGCUGUAGUAAUCAUUAUUGACUUGAUUUCAUUACGAAAGAAUGGAUCAUCUCGUUGCUGUGGUUUCCACGUGUCUCAAGUAUGCAUAUAAUAUAUAUUUCGUAUACAUAUAUGUAGAGUAUAUAUAUAU